AUGUUACCCUAUCUUUGCUAUUUGCUGGUGCUGGUGUUCAGCAAGCCUCUGCUGGCCAAAGAAGUUGUCUACGACUUCAACGUCACCUGGGUGACAGCCAAUCCCGAUGGACUGGCUGAUCGAAAGGUGGUGGGUAUCAACGGGCAGUGGCCCCUGCCUGUCAUCGAGGUCGAUAAGGGCGAUCAACUCGUCGUGAAUAUGUACAACGGACUCGGUGACAAGAGCACCAGCAUUCACUUCCAUGGAAUGUACCAGAACGGCACCAAUGAUAUGGACGGGCCCUCGAUGGUCACCCAGUGUCCUGUCGCCCCCGGGUCCAGCAUCACCUACAACUUCACCGUCAACCAGAACGGGACAUACUGGUACCACUGCCACACCGAUUACUGCUACCCCGAUGGGUAUCGCCAGGCGUUGAUCAUCCACGAUAACAACUCCUACUUCGCCGAUGAGUACGACGAGGAGUUCACGGUGACCUUGAGCGACUGGUACCAUGAGCUGGCCGAGGACAUCAAGCCCAAGUUCAUGUCGCUGUACAACCCGACCGGCGCCGAGCCCAUCCCGAACUCCUGGCUCUUCAACGAUACCCAGGAUCUGAGCCUGUCCGUGAAGCCCAACACAACAUAUCUGCUCCGACUGGUCAAUCUUGCAGCCUUCACCGCCCAGUAUUUCUACAUUGAGGACCAUACCUUCAAGAUUGUGGAGAUCGAUGGUGUCUACACCGAGCCCACGGAAGCGGACAUGCUCUACCUGGGCGUGGGACAGCGAUACAGCGUGCUGCUCACCACCAAGGACACGGCCACCAAGAACUACGCCAUCGUCACGGUGGUGGAUUCCACGCUGCUGGACACCAUCACGCCGGACCUGCAGCUCAACAGCACCAAUUGGCUCGAAUACGACUCCUCCGCCACACACCCGCAAGCCAACAUCACAGUCGCCGAGUCGUCGGACCUCAACCCCUUUGACGACGCGACGCUCGUGCCCUACGACCACAUGGCGCUGCUGGAGAACCCGACCGUCUCGAUCAACGUGGCGGUGGUCAUGGACAACCUCAACAACGGCGAGGGCUACGCCUUCCUCAACGAGAUCAGCUACACCGCCCCCAAAGUCCCGACGCUGUACACCGUCAUGUCCGCGGGCGAGCUGGCCACCGACCCCACCGUCUACGGCGACUACACGCACACCUACGUGCUGGACCACAACGACAUCGUCGAGAUCAUCCUGAACAACAACGACACGGGCUCGCACCCCUUCCACCUGCACGGCCACAACUUCCAGGUCAUCGACCGGUACCCGUCCUACGGCCCGGACUUCUUCGAGUUCGCCGACGCCGGCAUCCCGCAGCCGUUCGACGCCAGCAACCACUCCGCCUACCCGGCUUACCCGCCCCGCCGCGACGUCGUCGUCGUCCCGCCCGAGGGCUACGUCGUGCUGCGCUUCCGCGCCGACAACCCCGGCGUCUGGUUCUUCCACUGCCACAUCGACUGGCAUCUGAUGCAGGGCCUGGCCAUGACCUUCGUCGAGGCGCCCCUCCUCCUCCAGGAGAGGCUGACCAUCCCCGAGGACCAUUACGCCGCCUGCAACGCCUCGGGGGUUCCCUAUGUGGGCAACGCGGCCGCCAACACGGAGGAUUACCUCGAUCUCAAGGGCCAGAACAAGCAGCCGGGUUGGAUUCCGGACGGCUUCACCACGCGUGGUAUCGUCUCCAUGGUGUUCACGGUGUUGAGCGCUUUCCUGGGCAUGGGGUCGAUCGCGCUCUACGGGUUGUCGGACCUCAAGUUUGUGAAGAAGCCCGAGGCCCAGGCGGACGGGAGUGGGCAGGCUGGGCAGGGGGAUGAGUAUCGGGAUUAG